AUGCUAGGGAUAAGACAAGCCUCCUGGGAGCUAAUAUAUACCCGACCUGGCCAUCUACGAAUGAUGUCGGUUCUGCGUAUGUUUGGGAGGUUCGAAGUCCGUUAUGUCUAUUUGAAAGCCAUGCCGGAGUACGACAUUCGGGAUGGAGUCCUUCGUUCGAUCAAACCAUGCGCCGAAGCUCCGGGUGAAAUUGCUUGGAGCGACGUUCCCCUUGGCUAAUGCCUGGAUGUUCUGGAAGGGCAAGUCGGUAUUCAGGGCGUGUCGAACGAACUGCACCAACCUUCCAAGCCGUUGCGAGCACUUAUAGCAGGCCGGAAUGUAAGGCUAGUCCAUCGUGCUCCGUAGGACCGAAGUCGACGUCUCAAAAGAACAUAGACGGCCUCGCAGACUCCUUUCGCCAAGGCUGGUGUAACCCACCCCCAUGAUCCGUCCAGAAACGAGCUGGGCAUCUGACCUCCAAGCUACCAAGACCAUCCAAGCACAUGGCCAAGCCCACAUCCACACCGUUUCGUUCCGUCUCAGCCCUCCACCACCUCAGCUAAACACCGCCCAUUAUUCCCAGAAA